AACUCCGUUGAGGUCAUCACUUUGUAACACAGAAAGCUCCUCUUCCUUCCCAUUGAAAACACAACUAAUUGCUUUCUUUGAAGCUCUUAUAUCAAACUUUACUCAUCAACAUUGUGGGGCAUAGACGACACGUGUAACUUGGGAAAAAUUAGCUUGGAUCAAUUAAUCGCAUUCCUUCCAUGAGUAUCCAAACAGCUUCUUCUUCAGGUGAUCAUAUUUGUUCUUCCCGUUGGAAGUAUGACGUCUUUAUAAGCUUUAGAGGUGAAGAUACUCGGAAGAAUUUCACAGAUCAUCUAUAUGCUGCUCUGACUCAAGAAGGAGUUAAUGUUUUUAGAGAUGCCGACGAACUUGAUAGAGGAAAACCCAUUUCAUUGGAGCUCCUUCGAGCAAUUGAAGAAUCAAGAUUUUCGAUUAUCGUCUUCUCAAGAAAGUAUGCUAAUUCCUCUUGGUGCUUGCAUGAAAUUGCUAAGAUUGUUGAAUGUAAGAACACAAUGGGACAAAAUGUUUUUCCCAUUUUUUAUGAUGUUGAUCCAUCCACGGUAAGGAAACAAACAGGGACGUUUGAGGAAGCUUUUGCUAAGCAUGAUAAGGAGAAUAAACAAAAUGUUCAAAUAUGGAGGAAUGCUUUAAAAGAGGUUGCCGAUCUCUCUGGAUGGGAUGCAAAAAACAGACACGAAUCAGAACUCAUACAUGAUAUUGUCAAAGAAAUAUCAAUUAAAUUAAGUCGAACAACAUUGAUGACUUCUGAGGGCCUAGUGGGAAUAAAUUCUCGCCUUGAGGAACUGAAGUUGCUGAUAGGUACUGGGUCUAAUGAUAUUCGCAUGAUAGGGAUAUGGGGAAUGGGAGGAAUAGGCAAGACAACAAUUGCAAGAGUUUUUUGUGACUUGUUUUCAGAUCAAUUUGAAGGGAAGGCUUUUCUUGCCGAUGUCAGGGAAAUUUCAAGAAAAAGUGGCCUAGUUAAAUUUCAAAGUCAACUUCUGGGAGGAGAUACUAACAUAUGCAAUGAGUAUGAUGGAAUUAAAGAGAUAAAGAGAAAGUUGCCUCACAAAAAAGUUCUUGUUGUUGUAGAUGAUGUGGAUCAUAUUGACCAACUAAACAAUUUAGUUGGAAAACAUGAAUGGUUUGGUUUAGGAAGUAGGAUCAUAAUAACAACAAGAGAUAAACAUUUGUUGACGACUCACGAGGUUGAUGAAGUUUAUGAAGCUAAAGAACUGAAUUGUGAUGAAGCUCUUGAACUUUUCAUCUCGAAAGCCUUUAAAAACCAACAGCCUUCAAAAGUCUAUUUGGAGUUGUCCCAACAUGUUGUAAGUUAUGCUGGUCGUCUUCCAUUAGCUCUCAAAGUUUUGGGUUCAUUUUUGUUUGGUAGAAUUGUAGAUGAAUGGACAGACACGCUAAAAAGACUCAAAAGAGAUCCUAAGAAGGAGAUUUUGGAUGUACUUGAAAUAAGUUUUGAUGGUUUAGAAGAAACUGACAAGAAAAUAUUUCUUGAUAUUGCAUGUUCUUUUAAAAGACAGACGAGAGAAUAUGUAACAAGAAUUUUGGAUGGUUGUGGUUUUAACCCAACUAUUGGAUUAAGUGUUCUCCUUGAAAGAUCUCUUAUAACUAUUUCAGAUUACAAUGAAAUAGGGAUGCAUGAUUUGUUACAGGAAAUGGGUCGACAAAUUGUUAAGAGAGAAUCCAUAAAAGAGCCUGGAAAACGCAGUAGAUUAUGGGAUGAAGAGGAUAUUCGUCAUGUUCUAACAACGAACACGGGGACUGAGCUAGUUGAAGCCAUAACACUUGAAACAGAGUUUGGAACAGAGCUCAAUGUAAAUGCAAGUGCUAAAGCCUUUUCAAAGAUGACCAACCUAAGAUUACUCAAGAUUAGAGGAGUACAACUUCCCAAAGGUCUUGAGUAUCUUUCCAAUCAGUUAAGAUUACUUGAUUGGCAUGGAUUUCCUUUGGAAUCAUUGCCAUCAAAUCUUCAGUUGAAUAAACUUGUUGAACUUAAAAUGGACGGUAGCCGCAUUAGACAACCAUGGAAGGUGAACAAACGUUUCAACAUGUUGAAAUCAAUUAGUUUCAGCUUCUGCGAGAGCUUGAUCAAAACACCAGAUUUCACAGAGAUCCCAAAUCUUGAGGAGUUGACUCUUAGGGGAUGUUCAAGAUUGAAUGAGAUUCACCCAUCUUUACUAGCUCAUGAAAAGAUUAAAAAUAUGGAUCUGGCUUAUUGUUUAAGUCUCGAAACUCUUCCAAGCCAGAUUCAUAUGGAAUCUCUUAGAUAUCUUAAUCUUCGUGGUUGCUCAAAAUUGAAGAGGUUUCCAGAGAUUAUAGGAAGUAUGGAGUGUCUCUUUGCGCUUAUUUUAUAUGAUACUGCUAUUAAAGAAUUGCCUCUGUCUAUUGGGCUGUUAUCUAGGCUCGAAUUCUUGGACUUAGGAGAAUGCAAAAAUCUUUCCAGUCUUCCAAGUACUAUAAAUGACUUGAAAUCUCUUUGGUACUUAUCUAUCUCUCAUUGUUCGAGACUUGUGAGUCUUCCGAGUACUAUAGAUGACUUGAAAUCUCUCUGUCACUUGUCUAUCUCUCAUUGUCUAUCUCUCAUUCUAGCUAAUUUGUGUCGUGUUACAAAGUUGUAUCUUCGUGAUUGUAAUCUUGGAGAUGGGGCAAUAACCAGUGAUUUGCUUGGAAGCUUCAUCUCAUUGGAGGAAUUAGAUCUAAGCCAAAACAAUUUUGUUUCGUUACCUACUAGCAUCAAUCGUCUUUCUAACCUUAGAAAUCUUAGUUUGAACUAUUGUAGGAGGCUUCAAAUUCUGCCAGAACUUCCUUCCAAUAUAAGUGAGCUUAGUGUAAGCGGUUGCAUUUCCCUGGAAAGAUUAUCUAAUGCAUUAAGAUUAUGCAAUUCGAAUUUGUCAAAAAUUUCAUCUCACAAUUGCUUGAAACUCGAUGGUAGUGGUGAGGCAUUUUCAAUUAUGAAGGAACACCUCAAGCUGACAAAUUCAAGUAAAAGAUUAGCAUGGUUGUUCCAGCAAGUGAAGUUCCAGGUGGUUCAGCAUAAGAGUGACGGUGAUUCAAUAAAAAUAAAAAGCGCCGAUUUACAAGAAUGA